UUGAAAGAUUCUUUAGUUGAGAAGGAGGAUAUUAUUGAAGAAUUGAAGAAUUUUAUUACCGAUUUGAAUAUUGGUAAAGGAGUGAUUAAGAAUAAGAAUAAGGGAAAGGUUAAAGAAAUAGUAUUCCCUAGUAUUAAGAAGGAUGUUGGCGAGGCUCCCUUCCGGGCUUCUACCUACUUUUUAACCCUACCCCCCGAGAUCGACCCCGAUAAUAGAGAGUGCUCUAGUUCCCGUUAUUGUAGUACUAAGUAA